CCGCCCGCUCUUCUCGUCGCUCGUAUAGUUGCAUCGCCUCCAUUGCGCGAUACCGUUCAUCAACCACGCCUGAACCUGAACAACACGUCCUCUCUUUCUUUCACCACCUCUCGCCACUGAGCUGACAUCUUUCCCACCAUCCAUCCAUCUACUCCUCCGGCCAAUCACAAUACCACAAUCCUCCCCAGACUGCCGGAUUCGACCGCCAACAAGAUCCCCGAGACACCGAACCAUCAAUCCCGGCUCGCUGCUGUGCCGUCUCGCUCCUUGUGCGCUGCUGUGCAACUGAGCAGCGCGUCGCUAUCACACAUUCCCCCAACCUCACACAUGGCACCGCUUCAGCGCUCGGCAUUGGCGCCCUCCGCCCUCUGGAGGUGCCGACCUACAAGACCGUCAAGGCCCUCCGGCCUCGGCCUCGGGUCUGUCGCUGCAGCCCUCACUAGUAGUCGCGCCUCCAGCUCAACCCCGAGCAUAUCACCUUCGCGCCGCACCGUCCCUGCUUCGGCCUCGGCGCCCCUCGCACCGCAGACCGCCAGCCGGAGAGUCCCCUCGGCAAUCUUGCCCAGCAGAAACGCCUCCACGUCUUCCGCCAUGGCCGCUGACCCUAAUAACAUGUACACGGCCUCGUUCGCCUUCUUUGAAGCCAUCUGGGAGGCUGGCAUUACACACUGCUUUGUCAACCUCGGGUCAGAUCACCCCAGCAUUAUUGAGGCCAUGGUCAAAGGCCAGCGCGAGGCCAAGGGCAAGUUCCCGCGCAUCAUCACCUGCCCCAAUGAGAUGGUGGCCAUGUCCAUGGCCGACGGCUAUGCGAGACUCACGGGCAAGCCCCAAUGCGUCAUCGUUCACGUCGACGUCGGCACCCAGGGCCUUGGCGCCGCCGUGCAUAAUGCCUCUACCGGCCGUGCGCCUAUCCUUGUUUUUGCUGGCCUCUCUCCCUUCACUCUGGACGGCGAGCUCCGUGGCAGCCGCACCGAGUACAUCCAUUGGAUCCAGGACGUCCCGGACCAGAAGCAGAUUGUGUCGCAAUACUGCCGCUACGCGGGCGAGAUCAAAACGGGAACCAAUGUCAAGCAAAUGGUCAACCGCGCCCUGCAAUUUGCCAAGUCGGACCCCCAGGGUCCCGUCUACCUCUGUGGAGCGCGCGAGGUUAUGGAGGCCGAUAUCCAGCCCUACUCGCUGAAGCAAGAGGACUGGGACCCCGUACAGCUCGGCGGCCUUCCCCAGCCUGCCGUCGACAAGAUUGCCGAUGCCCUUGCUGGCGCCAAGCGCCCACUCCUCAUCACUGCCUAUGGUGGCAGAAAUCACAAGUUCCCCGGCGCUGUCGUCGACCUCGCCAACAUGGUCCCCGGACUUCAGGUUGUCGACUGCGGCGGCAGCGACAUGUGUUUCCCCGCUGACCAUCCCGGCUGGCGCGGUCUCCGCUUCGGCGUCGACGAGACCAUCGAAAAGGCCGACGUCAUUGUCGUUGUCGACUGUGAUGUUCCCUGGAUCCCCACGCGCUGCAAGCCGAACGACAAUGCCAAGAUCUUCCACAUCGACAUCGACCCCCUGAAACAGCAGAUGCCUCUCUUCUACAUCGAGGCCGGCUCCAGAUAUCGCGCCGAUGCGCUGCUCUCCCUCGAGCAGAUCAAGUCGGCUCUCCAGGCUGGUGACGCCGCCACCAAGCUCAAGGCCAACGAGGCGGCUGCUGAGGGCGCCGCCCGGAGAGAAAAGGAGUACAAGGCGCACCUUGCCGACAUUGAGGAACGGGCUAAGCCGCUCGAGGAUGGUUCCUUUGGCACCGGCUACCUAUCGCGGAAGCUCAAGGACCUCUGCCCUGAUGACACGCUAUGGGCCAUCGAGGCCGUGACCAACACGGUCUUUGCGCACGACAACCUUCAGCCCACGAAACCCGGCUCGUGGAUCAACUGCGGCGGUGGCGGCCUCGGCUGGUCCGGCGGCGGUGCCCUGGGGAUCAAGCUGGCAACGGACAUGGAGAACAAGGGCAAGGGCAAAUUUGUGGUGCAAAUCGUAGGCGACGGCACGUACUUGUUCACCGUCCCCGGCAGCGUCUAUUGGAUCUCAAAGCGCUAUAACAUCCCCGUCCUGACCAUUGUCCUCAACAACAAGGGCUGGCACGCCCCUCGCCGCUCCUUGCUGCUCGUCCACCCCGACGGACUCGGCUCCAAGGCCACCAACGAGGAGGCCAACAUCUCCUUCGACCCCACCCCGGACUACUCGGGCAUCGCCAAGGCCGCCGCGGACGGUGACAUCUUCGCGGCCCGGGUGGGCACCGUGUCGGAACUCGACACCGUGCUCAAGGAGGCGAUUGCCAAGGUGCAGGCGGGGCAGACGGCGGUGGUAGACUGCAAGGUGGUUCCUGGGUGCUAGGUGGGAGCGUUAAACGAGGCCGGCUAGAGUCGACGU